AUGGAGGGUCGGAAAAACACCUUCGGCAAACACCAGGGACACCACUGGCCAUGGUCACGGUCGUACGCCAGGGAUUCGUCGGUAAUUGUCGGACUAGUGUUGCUGCUGCUGUUGCAAACCAGCGAAGUGGACGGUCGUGCACCGAAGGAACCCUACUAUGGACGCGAAAUCGGACAACUGACGAACUUUGGGCACGGAAUUAAGGGCCGCGUGUACGCCGUCGACGAGUCGACACUGUUUGUCAAAGGAUUCGCCUACGAUGGCAACGCACCGGAUGCGUUCUUCUGGGUUGGCAACUCGCCCCGCCCGAGCCCGGAAGGUUUCAUCAUACCGUACCCGGAGGAGUACAGCGGGAGAGAACCACCUGUACUGCAGCAGCACAACAACACCGACAUCAUCCUCAAACUUCCGAUGGGAAAACGUAUCCGCGACAUUCGUUGGCUUUCGGUCUGGUGCCGUCGGUUUACCGUUGAUUUCGGAGAAAUCUUCAUCCCCCCCGGGCUGGACGUGCCGAAACCGCGCGUCCUGCCCGAGUUCAAGCGGCUCGCUCACGGUCUGCGCUCGAGCAACAUCAGCAUCCUGGACGCGAAGACGUUCUACAUUCCCAACCUGCACUACGACGGUGCCGGGCCGGAUGCGUACUUCUGGGUCGGCAACGGGUCCGAGCCGAACAUCAUGGGCACGAAGGUACCGAACGAGAUCGGCUCGCUGGAACCGCUCCGGGGCUACCAGGGCGAAGACAUCGAGAUCCAGCUGCCCGGCAACCUGACCGUGUACGACAUCGACUGGCUGGCGGUGUGGUGUGUCGAGUACCGGCACAACUUCGGCCACGUCUACAUCCCCAAGGAUCUCGAUGUGCCGCCGGCACUCGGCCAGACGAAGAUAGCGCCGCCAUGGUGGUAUAAGCCGACUACGACGACCUCGUCCUCGGUGGUGACGCAGGGAACCACCCGACCGACCAACGUCAACUGCAAGGAACUGCUGCGUGGCAAGCUCAACGUCAUGUGGGAAGUGAUGGAUGAGUACGUGGUUAUCGAGCUGAUCGGCCGUAUCCAGGAGGAUCAGUACAUGGCGUUCGGUAUCUCCGGUACGCACGGCCGCCCGCAGAUGGUCGGUGCCGACGUGGUGGUCGCGUUCUACGAUCGUCGCCAGCGCCGGUUCCGGGCGGAGGACUACUUCAUGUCUUCGUUGGCACAGUGCGACGGCAAGCUGGGCGUUUGCCCGGACGAGCGGAUCGGUGGCAAGAACGACGUGGAGAUAUUGUCGGGCGAUCGAAGCCAUGGGGUGACGAAGAUCAAGUAUCGUCGCUUACUGCAGACCAACGAGGCCGUCAAUGACCGGGCGUACCCGCUGGAUCGUCAGAUCUCCGUCAUCGCCGCGAUUGGACCGCUGAACUCUCGAGACGAGGCCAAUGCGCACUCGCAUAGCGGCACCGAGGUGACGGUGGAGGACCUUCAGAUUGACUUCGCAUCCAAGAACGAUCAUACCUGUACCGACGCCCUUGACAGCUACGUGGCCCAAGACGGGCCGAAACCAUGGCCGACGCGAACCAUUCUCGGUGAGCGAACGAUUACGGCCCGCAUUGGGCCGACGGGUGGAAAACGCGGAUACACUCCCAUCACCGGCCAUCCGUCCUGGGGUAUCGCGUGGUACAUGAACGACAUGCUCAUCCCGGAGAUCUACGUCGAACGGGGCCAAACGUACACGUUCAUCGUCGAGGGCGGUGACGAGUCAACGCAGCCGGCCAAGUAUCACCCCCUGUAUAUCACCAGCUCCAGCGAGGGCGGUUACGGUCAGCAGUCCGAGGCACAGAAACGCCGUGAAACGGUGUACGCCGGCGUGGAGUACGACUCGGAUGGUUACGCCUAUCCAACCGCAGCCGGACGUUACUGCGAAUGGAAGCACAAAUCCAUCGACCGAUCGAACGAAAUCGCCACAUUCGAGGAGUACAAGAAAACGCUCAACCUGUCCUGCGACGAUCCCAACGGCCAGCCGGCCUAUCUCAACUGGACGGUCGUGGCGGAAACGCCGGACUUGGUGUACUAUCAGUGCUUCACCCAUCGUAACCUCGGCUGGAAGAUUCACGUCGUCAAUCCGGGUGAAACGAGUAAGAUUAGCGGAUCGCAUGAGUUGUACGGUGCUGGGCCAUCGUUCGCGGCCAAACUUUUGCUACUGGCGGUCCUCAUACUAAGUCCCGCCAUCGGGCACAGGCUGGUGAAUGGUUUCUGA